UUUACAGUAGGCGUUGGAAGGAUGGCAUCAUCCACCUCAUCAUCAUCAGGUGUAGCUUCUACCGAUUCGUAUCCAACAAAUUUCCGUUCCUUUAGCACUGAUCGAACUGAUGACGGAACACCUUCAAUCGAAUCGCAACCAACGUCCGUUGAAACCCGCCGGUCAAUUCCAGCAGAAGUUCCGAGGCUGAAGUGGGACAAGGAACAGUUUGACGUCCGGCGACCGUACGAAAGGAAAAACUACGAACACCCGUACCGAGAUCUCCCGGGGCAUCUGUCCACCUUCGACGGGUUGAAUGUGAAGCCGCGAAAAUGUACCGUCACAAACCCCUUCACCAGACGGACGCCCAUUGAGGAAGUGUUUCACAAGCGCAACGUCAAGAGUGUUUGCCCGGCGGAAGUACCGCGAGCACUUGAGCACUGUGUAGAAGAUGUUAUUGUGGCGGAUAAUGUGAGUUCGCGGGAAAGUGAGGUGCAGGAGGACCUGGCGGAGGUGGAGAAAGUUGUUGCUGACAGGAGAAUUGUAUCGAGGGAAUGCUGCAAGACAUUUUUCCGUGCACGACGAGCUUUGCUUAGAAGUGCAUUGUUUCGAGAGUACUUCAACCGUAAACCAGCGCCAGAAAAAGAAGAUACAGCUGGCGAUACGUCUGGCGAUGAGAGCGAGGAGCUGCUGGAAGACCUGCCGGAGGAACUGCUGGAUGAGAACGAGCACGUGAAACCCGAAAUCCCUCCACACCAAGUUCGAUCUAGCUCAGUUGGAUCUUAUCUACCACCGACAAUAAUGCACCGGGAUGAUAAAGCUCCCGUGAUUGAAGCACAGGAACAAUUCUUGGAGCGCAUGAAAUCAAGAUGCCUACAAAAGUUUGACCGUGUUAGACAGCAGCUUGAAGAUGCGGAACGCGAACGCCAGAAACCUCCGCCACCGUUCGAUCCGGAAAAGUACGAAGCCGAAUACCCGCGGCCUGACAUCCGGAACGAAGCCAAAGCCCAGUUCCGUGAGGCUCUUAGAAACCGGUUGGAGGAGCUGAGCCAACUUCAACACCGUACGGUUCGUAAGUAUCCGACAACCGUGAAACAGUUCGCAGCGUAUAAGGCACACAUUAUGGAGGAUAGACGAAAGCUCCGGGACGAGGCGUUGCUUGUGGAGGAUUACUAUUGCAACACAAACACGCCGAAGGAACUUCCCGAGGCAAGGCUCGAGGUGAAGCGAUAUCGAUUGGCCGAGUUCGGUGUACAUUCCGAUGAUUCGGAGGAUGAGGAAGACCGGGAAGCGAACGAACAAAGCAAACGAAACGACCCAGCGGUCUACCAAACCUGCAUGACACGGGACGAGUGGGGCCACUGGAUGGCGCACAGUACCAAGAUCGAAAAGUUGAAGUUGCCAAAAGUCAACGUGCCGCGAAUUCCGGUGCUGGUGCAGAAAUGUGCCGAGAGUCCGAUUCGUGCGUACGUCCAGGGCAAGACGCAAACCGACAGGAAACAACAUCCCGCUCAGCCGCAGAAGAUUAUCCACUCGCUCCGACCAUCGGCCGCACGCAAAUCUAAGGUUACGAUGCGUGAUCUUCUGUUUGACCCGGCGCCCUCACCAGAACCCAUGGAUUACGUGCCGUACAAUGCAAGCCUCCGCCCAUAUUCGGACAUUGCCGAGGAACGGUUUCGUAGCGUCAAAGGGCAACGGAAGGUUUGGCGGCAGCUUCGUAAAAGCCGGAUGCAUUGGAUUGAGCAGCUCGUCGACGAGAUCUGUAGCCGGAAGCGGUGCUAGGCUUGUGCUUUUAAUAUCUUUUUCGAAAACAAUCGACUAGACUUUUCGGGGUGGGGGGCUAUAGCUUGUCUUCGGCCUGAUGAUCGGCACCAUCUAUGGAGAAACGUCCGAGAAGACCCGUGAACAAAAGGGUCUUGCUACAGGGAGAGUGAUCGCCAGAUUGAUUCGGUUGUCGAUGGACGUACACGCCGCGCUUUUUGAUGGAUUUUCGUUGGCGUACCCAAAAGAAACUGAACUCGCUUCGGCUGCUGCUGCUGCUGCUGCCGAAGUUCCGAAGGCGUCAUAAAUCUCGGGCGGAAUGAGAAAUGAGCGGCCACAGAUAAAAAUCCCAUGUUGAACAAAUUGAUAUGCUAAUGAUGUAUUCCACCGUCAGCCGAAGGGUUUGGCGUAUCGGCGAGAGGGUUUUUCGAUCGAAGCCAUGCAUAUAAACGUCAUGAUGGGCAGAUAUGUACUGGGGGAAAUGAUUUGUGGUCCAUAUUUUUUCCCCCAGUUUUUCGAUUAUGAUGAAUCGGACGAUUUUUUUCUUCCUUGCAGUGGUAGGGAGAGUAGACAUUCCCGCUCUGCUAAUGCUAACGAUGGUAUAUUAAUGUGGCUCGAGAUGUUUGUUCCAUGUUUAUGGUAAGCGUGGUAUAUUAAAAAGAAAACUGGACAGACCUACAGUAGGUUAGAGAAGGUCAACAGCAGAUCUACAUAAUUCGUGGUUAAUCCGCUACACGUGUAAGAGGAGUUCGGUUUCGCCGUAUGCAGCCACCACGUCCGACAGCAACGACUUUGAUCUUGCCCUAAACAGAAUGAACCCUAGAAGAAGCUAGUUGACCCAGGCAACAACAAUUAGGUAGCAAUAUUUAUUGUCCACAAAUUAGGUGAAAACACAUAUGUUGCCAGGGCAGUAAAUUCAUCUCCCGUAUAGUGUCCACGCGCCGGAGAACAUCUGGCCGGUACCGGUACCCAGGACAUGCUUCAUUAUGAAAUCUAAUGCAAUAAAAUUCGGCA